AUGCACCUAUCAUCAUCAUCAUCAUCCGUUACUUCACCAAACUCGUGGUCUUUUUCGCUGUCGUCGUUCUCGAGUAAAACAACACGAACGAGAACACGAACGAACGCGACUUCGACUUCAUCAUCGUCGUCGACAAUCAGCGAACGCAAAGGCCAACCGAUCAAACCAGGACAGUCGUACCCGGCGAAAGAGCACUGCUCGAACUGCGGGUUGUGCGAUACUUCUCUCAUAUCGUACGUGAAAGACGCGUGCGCGUUUCUCGGACCUGGGAUGUCCAGAAUAGAAAAGUUGGAAGAAAAAGUGCACGGAAAGAGGAGGAAUACGGAAACGGACGAGUUACGGUUGGGGGUUUUAUUGAAUUCGGACACGAAAGAUAACACGAAUAACAGCUCGCAAUCGAUUUUUUACGCGAAGAAGAAACAGCCUAUGGAGAAAGCGCAGUGGACUGGGAUCGUGACGUCGGUCGCGUUGGAGAUGUUGAGGACGAAGACGGUCGAUUGCGUCGUCGCGGUUGGUUCCGGAGAAGCGGACGCGAGGAACCCAGAACCGAAGUUGUGCUUUACCGAGGAAGAUAUUUUAGCGUGCAGAGGAGUGAAACCGUCGUUAUCGCCAAACUUGAAAGUUUUCGCGGAAAUUGAAACCAAUCCGGAGAUUAAAAACGUUCUGUACAUCGGGGUCGGGUGUUCAGUCGUCGCUUUGAGAGAAGUCGAGCAAUAUUUAGGAUUGGAUAAUUUAUACGUGUUAGGAACGAAUUGUGCGGAUAACGGAAGGACUGAUGGGUUUUAUAAGUUUGUAAACAACGCGACGGAUAAACCGGACGAGGUUUUACACUACGAAUUCAUGCCGGAUUACAAGGUGCACCUGAAGAUGAGAGACGGAAGUUACGAGAAGAUUCCGUAUUUUUCGUUACCGGCGAAGGAGUUAUCGUCAGGCGUCAUCGCCGAAAGUUGUAAAUCGUGCUUCGAUUACGUCAACGGUCUCGCCGAUCUCGUCGUCGGGUACAUGGGCGUCGAUUAUGACGAAUCUAUCCCGAUGAAUUUGCACCCGCAAUACGUCACCGUCCGAAACGAAAGAGGACAAAAAAUGGUUGAUUUAAUAAAAAACGAUUUGCAAAUAACGCCGUCCACCACGAGAGGCGACCGCAAACCGUUCGUUUUACAAACCGUCAUCUCCGACGACGAGGCUUAUUUAGGCAGAGGCCCUGAAAAAGGUGCCCCUCGAUUCGUGGGAAAUUUGAUCGCGUGGGUGUUGAACAAAGUCGGGCCGAAAGGAAAAGAAUUUGGCAUGUACAGUUUAGAUUAUCACACCAUUCGAAACUAUUUAUACGUGAAUAGAAUUUACGGCAAGGAGCGAGCAAAGGAGCACAUUCCGAGUUACGCCAUGAAAAUUGUAGAGGAGUAUGAAGGGAAGAAUGGAGAUAUUUCCAAGCGGUUAGAGUUGUAA